AUGAUUGAUCAUCUUUUAGAGAAACGAUCAAAAAAGUCUGUCGAUAAAAUCAAGAAACAAAUUGAACGAGAAGGAGACGAUGAGUUUUUAAAGAGCAUUUCAAAUGAUGUGGAUUUAGAAGAGUGGGAUGAAACAGAUAGCGAGACGGAGAAAUUGUAUCAAAAAUUGAAAACCAGCUAUUUGAGAAGUUUUACUCCUGAGCAAUUGGAAUCUCUGAAAGAAUUAGAACGAUAUGAAGCUACUCAAAGUCCUAUGGUCUUUAAACACUACCGAAAGACCAAACUCAAGUAA